AUGCUGCCGAUGGCGAAGCCCGCCAUCUCUGGCGCUCUGUGCGCUGUGCGACCCCGUUUCGCUCUCGCUCUGCCCCGUGCCCAGCCCUUGGCCGCUCUUUCGACUUCAUCCAUCAAAUCAGCGACUGCGCUCGAGCGUCAAUCACCAUCAGGCCAGCAAUUGACCGCAUCAGGCAAGGUCCGGACGGAGGUUCCCCUGCCCAGCCAGGAGAAGAAGGAGGGUGCUAUGCAAUAUGCCUUGACCACCCUCGAUCAGGUUGCCAACUGGGCUCGUCAAAGUUCUUUGUGGCCCAUGACCUUCGGUCUGGCAUGCUGCGCCGUUGAGAUGAUGCACUUGUCCACCCCCGUUAUGAUCAGGAUCGUCUGGGAAUCAUUUUCCGAGCUUCUCCGCAUGGCUCCUGCCCUCCGUCAGGUUUACGAUCAGAUGCCCGACCCCCGGUGGGUUAUCAGUAUGGGCAGCUGCGCCAACGGUGGUGGCUACUACCACUACAGUUACUCCGUUGUGCGGGGCUGUGACCGAGUUGUGCCCGUUGAUAUUUACGUUCCUGGAUGCCCGCCCACUUCCGAGGCACUGAUGUACGGCAUCUUCCAGCUGCAAAAGAAGAUGAGACAUACCAGAAUCACACGCAUGUGGUACCGCCGUUAA